GCUCUCUUUCUUUCUCUCUCUCUGAAGAAGAGGAACUGGCUGAGCAGGCCGAGGAGGAGGAAGUGUCUGAGGAACCCCAGCCGGCCGCAGACCCAGAAGAGGAGCGUCCCAAACCCAGCAGGCCGGUGGUUCCCCAGCUGGCCCCCCCGAAGAUCCCCGAUGGGGAGAGAGUGGACUUUGAUGACAUUCACCGCAAGCGCAUGGAGAAGGACCUGCUGGAGCUGCAGACGCUCAUCGACGUACACUUCGAGCAGAGGAAGAAGGAGGAGGAGGAGCUCAUCGGCUUGAUGGAGAGAAUUGAGCGCCGCCGAGCGGAACGGAACGAGCAGGUGCGGUUCCGGACCGAGAAGGAGCGGGAACGCCAGGCCAAGCUAGCGGAAGAGAAGCUGCGCAAGGAGGAGGAGGAGGCCAAGAAACGGGCCGAAGACGAUGCCAAGAAGAAGAAGGUUCUGUCCACCAUGCCGCAUUUCGGUGGCUAUCUGGUCAAGGCCGAGCAGAAACGGGGCAAGCGGCAGACGGGGCGGGAGAUGAAGAACCGGAUCUUGGCCGAGCGACGGAAGCCCCUAAACAUCGAUAGCAUGCGGGAGGAUGAGCUGAGGGAGAAGGCCAAGGAGCUGCACGACUGGAUCCACCAGCUGGAGUCGGAGAAGUUUGACCUCAUGGAGAAACUCAAGCGCCAGAAAUACGAGAUUAACAUCCUCUACAACAGCAUCAGCCAUGCCCAGAAAUUCAAGAAGGGGGCCCCCAAGGGCCGCCUGGGCGGCCGCUGGAAAUGAGCCCGGAGACGGAGCAGCCUCUGCCCCCCCCGCGGAUAACUCCCCCCCGCCGCCCCACGCAGCCCUCAGCCGGGGGGGGGGGGGAGCCCUGCCCCCCCCCGGGCAAUAAACCGGCCUCCCGCCCGCCCAGA